ACCCAAUUAAGGUAGUAAACAAGCAAAGUAAUAGAUAAAAGUGCCCCAAAAUGUAUAAAUGUUGUUGGAAAUUUCAAAUGUGGGUAGCAACUCAGCAAGGGUGGCGCGUCGCGCGUGACACAUAGUAUCGUUACACACCCACUAGGUGGCAGGAUUUGAUGUGAGGUAAUCAACACAAGUCGACGACAAAAGCUUAUGGAAGCCAUUAACGUUGAGUCCGGUAACCAUAAAUCCCGCGAUGAAUUCAUGCAGCGCGGUAUGAUAUCUCUAUCACAUGAUAUGCGUGACCAAGGCUAUUUAAGUACUGCAGAUCUGGACCGGCUUACACGCAUAGAAACUGCACUGAAGCAAAAAGAUUUAGAAGAUGAUGAAAGUGAGCUGUUUGCCGAAAUGCUGCCUCUAACCACAAUGGAGAACUUUAAGAAAUUUGACGACGAGCUCAAGAAACCAUGGAUUAAAAAAUGUUUGAACAAUCAUCUGAUCGGUAUUGGAGGCAAUGAACCAAAGACCAUAGUUCGGCUUAUCACGCGGCGCCUGCGCACUAAGGAUGUAGGAAAACUCUUCAGCUGGUAUGGGCAGAGAGGAAACGUAUGCCUAUCAAAUACGAACGUGGGAAAAUCUAUAAUAACGGCUGCAAAAAGGACCCAACCAAUGGUAACGGAGCAGGAUGCCAUCAAGAUGAUCCAGGCAUUGUUGCGUCAUUGCAAGGACAAAGAAAAAAAUAACGAAGUCAGGGGUGUAUAAUUUACCUUACAUACUUGUGUCUUUUAUUUAUUUUUUAUGUAUUUUUUGUCAGAAGAAGAAUUAUUUUAUGUUUGUGGUAUUUAACCGUUCCGAAUUUUUAUGUAUUUUUCGUCAGAAGAAGAAAUUUUUAUGGU